AUGAAGACAGUUAAUUGUUACAUGCUGUUAUUUUGCUGGAAAGCAAUUUGUUGCAAUAGCUGUCAGCUCACCAAUAUUACUAUAGCAGUGGAAAGAGAAGAAUGUGAAUUCUGUAUUACAGUGAAUGCCACGUGGUGCUCAGGAUACUGCUUCACAAGGGAUCCAGUAUAUAAAUAUCCACCAGUAUCAUCCGUUCAGCAAACAUGUACCUUCAAGGAGGUUGUGUAUGAAACAGUGAAGAUCCCUGGCUGUGGUGACCAUCCUGAAUCUUUUUAUUCAUACCCAGUAGCUACAGAGUGCCACUGUGAGACCUGUGACACUGACAGCACUGACUGCACUGUGAGGGGGCUUGGGCCAUCCUACUGUUCCUUCAGCCAGAAUGGAAGCAACCAAUGAAGGGCACUUGAGAUCACAGUUUGGCUUUAAAUGUUGACUUCUAAAUAAAGGUACUGAUUUGGCUUAAGUGGAAGAUAAAAGGCAAGGCUAUUUAGAAACUGACAAGACUGAAACAAAGAUUUUUAAGGCCAAAAUAGAGAGCUACUGACUGAACUUCUCUUUAUGGCUUCCUUACUUAUCCCAUCAGUUUCCUUAAAAUCAUUUUCAUAGGUCUAUAGAACGCUGCUUCCAAUUCCUUCUGCCCUUGCCUCCUCUUCUGUUUCGCUUUCAUUCUUUAUAUGCCUGUAUUUCCACUGCCUAGUUUACUUAGCUUAUUCUGUAGUAUCCUAUGCUUUCAAAAAGUUCCCAACUUCCAAGUCUUUAUUAUCCCCUGCUUUCAAUCUCUCCUCAGAACUCACUUGUUUCAAAAAGCCUCGCAGCAUUGGUUUUCUUACAACCAACAUCUGUGCCUUCACUUUCUAUUAGUUGGACUGCAAAUCUCU